AUGCAAAUCAGUGACAAGCUUCUGCUUAUUAUAACAGCCGCAUUCACGGCAAUAUCAGCCUUCUUUUGUCUGAUUGGAUUAGCCACACCACGAUGGACACAACUCACCGGACUAUUUUGUUCAGGUUGUGGGUCAGGAGCAUCAUCAGCUGCUGGUUUAUCAAUUGUUGCUCUACUUCUACUCGUGGCUGCAGUCGUUAUUCUUCUUCUCAAUGCUGUUGGAAUGUUUCCUAAAUCCAUUCGACUAUUGGCUGUGGCUGUUCUUUUUGUCGCGGGCAUCUUUACAUUAUCUGCAUUAGCAGCUUUCUUUCAUCCAGGCACUGGUUAUUCGUACAGACUCAUGGUUUUUGCACAUGUUCUUUGCUAUAUUGCAACAAUUUUAGCUUCGUUCUGGAUGGGCACUUCAUACACAGCAAAUAUCAAUCAAACAAUUUAA